AUGGGAAGGUUGAACAACGGAGAGUUUUUGACCCAGGUGGGAGACAUUUUAACCCAAAAUGAUGGCAAGUCAUCGAUUUACUUGACCCAAAAAAGGUUGUCACCAGCCUUGGAUUUAGAUGAGCCAGACGUCAAUGAAGGUGUGGAGUCCAUAAACGAUUUAUCAAGUAACGUAGUGGAGCAUAAAUUCAAAUCUAAUACCCAAGAGUAUCCGAUAUUGAUAAGAAUAGCCUUGGGAAGUAAUGGCAGCAAACAAAAGGUCAAGUUGAGCACAGUAGUGGAAAUAAAUAACUUGGACCAGUUCUGGUCGGACUAUUCGCUGGUAAUCAAAGCAGGAUUUGUUGGUUUGAAGAAGAAAGAAAAGAAGAAAAGUAAGAAGAACAAGAUUUCCAAGUAG